AUGGCGCAAAACCACGAGGACGUGGCCGCUGAGCUUCACAGUGAUUUCAACGAGCGCGUCCUAAACCCAGGCGCCCAUCUUACCGAUGCAUCGGUCGAGAAACCUUCUCUGGACGAGAAGCGAGAUGCUGCUGCCGUCGCUGAUGCCGAGUCUGGUCCCACCCCCGAUGGCGACGAGCCCAGCGACCACGAAAAAAGAACUUUGCGCCGCGUUGGCGAGAACUUGCCCGCUUCCGCCUUCCUCAUCGCCAUAGUCGAGCUGACUGAGCGAUUCACCUACUAUGGCGCGCAGGGUCUGUUCCAGAACUACAUCAGCAACCAUCCCGACGGCAGUGACGGCUCCAAGGGUCUGGGUCUCGGCAACCAGGCCGCCACCGGCCUGAACCUGUUUUUCCAAUGGUUCUGCUACGUCACCCCCAUUGUUGGCGCCAUCGUCUCGGAUCAGUACCUCGGAAAGUACAAGACCAUCCUGAUUUUCUGCGGCAUAUACUGGGUCGGCCUCGCCAUUCUCUGGACAACCUCCCUCCCUGUGUCUAUAGAAAACGGGGCCGGUCUUGGCGGAUACAUCACGGCCCUGAUUGUCAUUGGUUUCGGCACUGGCGGCAUCAAGUCCAACAUUGCCCCCCUGAUCGCAGAUCAGUACCAGCGGCGAGUCAUGGCCGUCAAAACCGAGGCCAGCGGCGAACGCGUCAUUAUCGAUCCCGCCAUCACGUACCAGCGCAUCUACAUGGUGUUUUACUGGUGCAUCAACCUGGGGUCGCUCUCCCUCAUGGCCACGCCUUUCAUGGAGAUGUACGAGGGAUUCUGGACCGCCUUCCUCAUGUGCUUCUGCAUGUUCAACGUUGGCAUUGCCAUCCUCAUCCUGCGGCGCAAGUCGUACGUUGUCCGGCCACCUCAGGGCCAGAUCAUCACGGAUGCCUUCAAAGCCAUCGGCAUGAUGAUUACCACUCGCUCCCUCGACGGCGCAAAAGCGUCUUGGCGCGCCCAGAACGGCAAGUCGACGAGUGUCGCCUGGGACGACCACUUUGUCGACGAGCUAAAGCGGGCCCUCAUGGCUUGCAAGGUCUUUGUCUUUUACCCCGUCUUCUGGGUUUGCUACGGCCAGUUCUCCAGCAACUUUGUCACCCAAGCCCACCAGAUGAACGUGGGCGGCAUGCCCAACGACUUCAUGCAGAACUUUGAUCCCAUUUCCAUCCUCGUCUUCACUCCCAUCCUGGAGAAGAUUGUCUAUCCCAUGCUCCGCAAACGUGGCUACGAGCUGCGUCCCAUCGCUCGCAUCACCAUUGGAUUCUGGCUCGCUGCCCUCUGCCUGGCUUACGCCGCCGUCGUUCAGAAGCUCAUAUACAGUGCCGGUCCCUGCUACGACGCCCCUCUCAAGUGCGCCGCCGCCCAGGUAGCCGACCAGACGACCCUCCCCAACAAUGUUCACGUCGCUGUCCAAACACCGGCCUACCUCUUCAUCGGCCUUUCCGAGAUAUUCAUCUCCGUCACCGGUCUGGAGUACGCCUACACCAAAGCCCCUCCCAGCAUGAAGUCGUUUGUGCAGAGUCUCUUCCUAUUCACCAACGCCUUUGGCUCUGCCAUAGCCGAGGGCUUGGUGCCGGUGUCCAAGGAUCCCGACUUCUUGUGGAUGUACACCGGGGUAGGAAUCUCUGCCUUGAUCACUGGCUGCCUGUUCUACUUUCUUUUCCGGCACUACGAUGCCCAGGAGGAAGCCAUGUACGCGCUCGAUCGCGACGUGCCCGUCCUCGCUUUGCCAGAUGAGACGGGCGAGCAGACACUGACGAAGCGGCCGAGUGCAAGCUGA